GACAUUAAGAAAUACAAUAGAUACUCUAAUUCAUGUAAUGAUACUUAAGGGCGACUCAGAGUUGCCGCUGCAGUUGGUACUGGUAAAAAGGAUGGUAUAGAAAGAUGUGAAACUAUGGUCAGAGAAGAGAUUGACGUAAUUAAUGUUGAUGCAGGAGUUGAUGCAAUGAAGAUUAGAAUAGAACCUAGAUCAACUUGCACAACCAAAGUAGUGAGUGUAGGUGUGCCACAAUUUUCUGCAAUUCAAAACGUUGCAAAAAUAUGUAAAGCAAGAAAAGUAAGAUUG